ACUUGAGUGACCCAUCUUGGCCACAUGGAGGAUACAUACAUAUUCUUACGCCUACUUCAGUAGCCAGACCUUGCAUCGUGUCAGCUCGUUUCUCAGCGUACUGAUGCUGUGCUUGCUGCUGGUGGUGGCGCACCUGCUGCCAUGCUCGGGCCUGCUCGGGGCCACCAGCCUGGUCCACGGUGGGAGAGCAGCGACCAGGGCUCAGUCGAGCGCUGCGAGCGGCAACACUUUGCAGUCGAGCAGCAUGAACAGCUUGCAGUCGAGUAGCAUGAACGGCGUGCAGUCGAGCAGCAUGAACAACAUGCAGGCGAGCAGCCAGAACAACUUGCAGUCAAGCAGCAUGAACAACAUGCAGUCGAGCAACAUGAACAGCAUGCAGGCGAGCAACCAGAACAGCUUGCAGUUGAGUAGCGCCAGCAGUAAUACUUUCCAGUCGAACAGCGCGAACUCCCUUCAGGUGGGCACUUCGACAAGAUUCCGUGCUGGAGUGGCAAGCAAAUUGAGCAGCUAUCUGGAAUACGGCUAUACCCCGGAGGAGAGGAUGGCCUUGCACGCCGAGAAAUAUGAGAAAGAGUUCGUGAUAGAGCUGAACAUGACCCUCGCCCACGAGACUGGCGAGUCCAUCGGCGCGCAGCUGAACAUGGACACCGACUUCACCCCGGUCUCAGUUCUGAAGAUUCGCAAGAACGGUCUCCUGGAAGGCUGGAACCAGGCGCACCCGGAAGACCAGGUGUUGAUCGGCGACGAGAUCAUCAAGGUCAACGACAUCCUGUGGCACCACAACUCGCGCACUUUCGCCCAGCGCAUUGGCUCCCAGUUCAAGGCGGCCCGCGAUUACGUGGAUGGCGCCAAGAGGACCUUGUCCCUCGGCAUCCAGCGGCCCAGGCAGGUCAAGGAGGUCCGGACGCAGCUGCAGCGGGACGACUUGCACCGCAAGCUGUAUUCCCUGGAUUUCGCCAUCGAUCUCACCGUCAAGGCCAAGGGCACGUCCAGCCUGGGCCUCGUGCUCAACCGGACCGUGGACUGGGUGCCCAUCGGCAUCAGCAGGAUCGAGCCCGACAGCCUCGUGGGCCAGUGGAACGCGAGGCACCCGGAGGCGAAGGUCAUGGUCGGCGACGAGGUCGUCAAGAUCAACGCGAUCGGGUGGCACCACAACUCCGAGACCUUCGAGAGUCGCAUCAAGGAUCAGUUCGCGAAGGCACGGAGAGAUGCGACGGAGUCGCUGUGGUCGAACGCGUCGAACGUGACGAGCGUGGACAUCACACUUGCUUUUCAGAGGCCCCGGUGGGUGCAGGAUUCGGUCGACAAUUUGGUCUUCGAACGCGAGCAGGUAGUACAAUUGCGCGUCCUGCGGACGGGGGCAAAUAAGAGCUUCGGCUGGAAGCUGAACGGCAGCUCAGCGGGGGUCGUAAUCGACAGCAUCGAGCCUGACAGCGUCCUGUCGGCCUGGAACGACGCGAACGAGGCGAACCCCAGCAAGCAGAUCGUGGCCACCGACCGGAUCAUCAAGCUCAACUCCGCCCCCUUCUUUCACAAGAAGUACGAGAAGUUCAUGCAGACGCUGGAUCAGGUGGCCAAUUCGUCCCAGUAUGCGGCGGAGCACUUGGGAUACCAGCCGCCCAUGCUGCUGCGCGUGAUGCGCACUUCGGAGAUCGUGUACCAGCGGGGGUGGCUCGCGAGGCUGGAUGCUAACCAGGGGUUGGGCUGGCGGCUGAAUUCGGAGCAGAAGACGAUGCCGCUCACCGUCAACAAGAUCCGGAGCUCCGGUGCGGUGGCGACGUGGAACCAGGCGAACCCCGACGACGCGAUCAUGCCCGGGGACCAGGUCUUCA